CAGUUUCUGAUUCCUGAGUUUACUUUCAUUUCUUGCUGAUUCACACGGUGCGAUCACUCUUUAUUACAUUUGCUUGAACUGACUGUAUCAUGAACAGUGUUUUCAUAGAUAAUGGAGCCAAUGAACUGCAGACUGCAGACAUUCAGUCACAGCCUGCUGUCCCACUGUCUCCCUCUAUUUGUGUUCCGCCCACACUGAGAGAUGGUGAGAGUUACCAUGUCUUCAUCAGCUACAGCAGCACUGACUACCAGUGGACCCACUCCCUCAUCAACCAGCUGGAGUCCUGCGGCCUGCAGGUCUGCUGCCACGAGCGUGACUUCACUCCCGGCCGCACCGUGUUGGAGAACAUGUCCGACUGCAUCCAGGAGAGCCAGAAGGUCCUGCUGGUUCUCAGCCCAGAGUUUGUGAGGAGCCGCUGGUGUCUCCUGGAGGCUAACAUGUCUUUGUUCAGAGACUGCCUGGAGAGGAAACCCAUCGUCCCAGUGCUGCUGGAGCCAGGAGUCUCUGUUCCUCUCCACCUCUGCCACCUCACCUACCUGGAGGCCAACGACCCCGACUUUAAGAAUAAGCUGCUCAAGGUGCUCUGCACCGCCAACCAGGAGCUGCAAGGGUCUACUGUGGUGCCCUACCAGCCUCCCUCUAUCUACAACGGGAAGGCCCUGCAGCCUCUGAUUGCUGUCAAUGAGGAGGGACUCAAUACAUGGGAUUGUGGUCAGUUCAGUGACAUGGAGGUUCCAGACCAACUGCGCCUGAUCAUUGAGGACCACGAGAAGUACAGACAGGCUGUGAGGAUGAUCAACAGUGUCUCUCAAGAUAAAGUGCUCUCCCUCUCGAGUUACGCCUGCUGCCUUGCUAAAAAACACUUUCCCUUUCCCCUCGAGGUGGUCAGUGGAACCACUGGCCACCUGGAGGGAGGGGUGUGUUUCUGCCAGUAUGUCUCCCAGCAGCUGAGCACAGAUCAAUGGGCAUAG